GGGGACUCGGGGCCCCGCCCCCGAAGUCCGGAAAAGGCGGGGUGGCUUCGGCGUCUCGUUCCGUCUGUGGACGGGGUGCCUUCUUCGGACCCCGGCGGUCGGGGCUGCUGUGCGGUGUCGGAGUUCGGGUUCGUCUGUUCGAGGGCGUGGUCUUUAGCAAGUCACAGGCUCGGCCGCCAUGAAGGUGAAGAUUAAGUGCUGGAACGGUGUGGCCACUUGGCUCUGGGUAGCCAAUGACGAGAACUGCGGCAUCUGCAGGAUGGCGUUUAAUGGCUGCUGUCCAGACUGUAAGGUGCCUGGGGACGACUGCCCUCUGGUGUGGGGACAGUGUUCGCACUGCUUCCACAUGCACUGCAUCCUCAAGUGGCUGAACGCGCAGCAGGUGCAGCAGCACUGCCCCAUGUGUCGCCAAGAGUGGAAGUUCAAGGAGUGAGGCCUGUGUUCCCUCUGCCAGCGCUGGGCCCUGGUUCUGCACUGGGGACAAGGAUGCCUUCCUUUUGGCUGAAACAAGGAGGUCUUUUUGUUUGUUCGUUUUUUCAUUGCAUCAUUGACACUUUUAUUCAAUAAGUAAACUCAUUAAAGUCCCGAGCCUUGCUGGA